CCUAUAUGAGACCAAACGAACCUACAACCUACUCUCUCUCUCCUUGACUCCUUGACUCGAACUUGGUCUGCGACUAAUGUUCGCAUAUCUCGUGAUUCACUAACCGCGGGCACAACUCGAUACUAGUCCAUUCCGGCACACAAGCCUUUCUGGGCAUCAAUUGGCCGAAUAGGCGAACGUUCAUUCAGCUGAUAAUUUCUACCCUUGAGGGGCGAUUUCGGGGCUUUUUGGGGUUAUUUACCGAUUUAAAAUUUUGGAACGGAGACCGGGGUGGGGGAAACAAAAGGGAAAACCACCUGGAUUACCUACUCAACCACACGACAACAACCAACGAGAUAAACAUAGUCUGGCCGAGCUGCGGUCGCAGUCCACCACCACCCGCCAUGGCUCUCCUCGAUGGCACUCCACAACCGGCGGGAGGGCCGAGCCUUUUCGGCAUGCCUAUGAAGCAGGUGUCUCUCAUCACGCUGACCUUCCAAAACUCGGCCCUGAUUCUCCUCAUGCACUAUUCGCGAAUGAUGCCCCCGAGCGGCGACCACCGAUACUUUACCUCGACGGCCGUGUUCCUGACCGAGGUGAUCAAGCUAGCCAUCUCCCUAACGCUUGCCCUAUACGAAGUCUCGCGAAACCUGGCGCCGUCGACGCCCGCGACCGUUAUAUUCGAGCGCAUCUUCAAGUCCGUCUUUUCUUCCGACUCGUGGAAGCUCGCCGUCCCGGCGACCCUCUACACCCUACAGAAUAUCUUGCAGUACGUGGCGGUUAGCCAUAUGGACCCGGUGCACUUCCAGAUCCUAUACCAGCUCAGGAUCCUGACCACUGCCAUAUUCACCGUGGCCAUGCUUGGCCGAUCCGUGUCCGCCAAGCGCUGGGCGUCUCUCGUCAUUCUAACCGUGGGCGUCUCGAUCGUCUCGAUUCCGUCGUCGAGCUCGAGGGACAGCUCGCUUCUGAUCCAUGACAUGACGGAUCACUUCUUCCCUCGAUCCGUGCACGAGCUGGGCCAGAUGGCGAACGGUGUGGGCGACGUCGCGAGGGAGCUCACGAAGCGCGGCGUCGACGCCCUGGCCGACGUCGGCCAGGCUAUCGCGAAGCGCUCGGCGACGUACGAGGGGAUCGAGGAAGAUCAGAACCUUGUGCCCACUAUGAAUUACUCGAUAGGCCUGUCGGCCGUCCUGGCCGUGGCGGUGAUCUCGGGGCUGACCGGCGUCUACUUGGAGAAGGUGCUCAAGGACUCGGAGAACCCCACAUCGGUCUGGAUUCGCAAUAUCCAGCUGUCCUUCUACUCGCUGUUCCCUGCGCUACUGAUGGGCGUGGUAUUCAAGGACGGCCGAGAGAUCGCGAAACACGGUUUCUUCGACGGUUAUAACUGGAUCGUGUGGGCGUUGAUCGUUCUGCAGGCAUUCGGGGGCGUGCUCACGUCGCUCUGCAUCAACUACGCCGAUAACAUUGCGAAGAAUUUUGCUACGAGCAUCAGCAUCACCAUAGGGUUCCUGUUCAGUGUCUGGUUUUUCCGAGUGCAGGUGACAUUAACGUUCUUGAUCGGGACGCUCCUGGUCCUCGUGUCGACCUUCCUUUACACGGGCCCGGACCGAAAGCGCGGCCGGCCGCCGCCGAUUAACAUCGUCAACUACGAGAAGACGACGAUCGACCCGAUGAACACGCCGCAGUAUACGGGCAAUAGACUCAGCGUUCCAGACCCGCUCGAGGGCAUGAAAGCGAUGGGAUUGUCGUCCUCGCGCCCAGCAUCCCCCCUGCGCUACCACAACCGUACGCCCGAGGCCCGAGGCAAGAACCGGGAUGAGUAAGGCAGUGACGGCGCCAGUGAUGGAACGUCGACCACGUAAAAGCCUGGUAUUCAGGGGGGGUGAGGGGGAGUGGGGAUAAUCGCGGCGUGCCAAACCUACCUCGAUCGAACGGCUGGACAAACUGGACUUAAACGCCAUG